AUGGCAUCUUACUUCUACACUAGCUUUGUCCCUACACUCUUGUGUGCACUCUUUGUCAUUCAAACCUUGGAAUUCAGUCAUUCCAAAGCCUUAACAAAUGUAAGCUGCAUUGAUGCUGAGAGGGAGGCUCUUUUGAAGUUCAAGCAGGAUCUCAUUGAUCCUUCAAGACGUCUAGGGUCGUGGACUGGUGAGAGUUGUUGUGAGUGGGAAGGAGUCGAAUGCAACGAGAAGACCGGUCAUGUCUCAAAGCUCGAUCUUCGUAAUCCCUUUGAUGAUGGUCGAGAGAGUUGCAGCCUGGGAGGUAAGAUACAUCCUGCUCUAAAUAAGCUGAAGUAUUUGAAGUAUCUAGACCUCAGUUACAACAAUUUCACAACCCAUAAAACCCAGAAGUCCUUGACUUCUCUUCAUAAGAUGGAGUAUCUCAACCUCUCAUAUGCAGGCUAUGGACAUAUUUCCAAUCAACUUAGUAACCUUUCUAGCUUAAGGCCCAUAGAUGAGCCUGUGAAGAAGGAACCAGAAGAGGACGAUGACCUAGUAAAAGAUGAAGAGCUUGAAGGAUGUGAGCUUAGUGAAAAAGAGUCAGAAGAUGAUCAGAAUGAUCCUGAGCACGACCUGGAUGAGGAUUGA